AUAAUAAUAAAAAUAUGUGUCGUGAGGGGGCGUGGCCUUGCAGGUGCUGAAAACUGCGGAAGCGGAAACUGUCGCGUCGUUUCGUCUCCUCGAAGAUUCGUGAAGAUCCGCUCGGGCUGGAGGAUCUGGUUUCUGACAUCCUGAGACAAACCGAUGCAGUCAGGAGGAAGAGAGAUCAGCAGGAUGUUCUCCGACUGAGCCAGCAACAAGCAGCACAAAACCAAAGUCCAUAACAGCACAGCCAGGCUCUACUGAAGGUUCGUGGCUGGUUUGAUUGCCCGCCUCCCCCCCCAGACACCAUGACGUCCUCCAUGCUCCGCCGACAACUGAAGAACCUGGUCCAGAACUACUCUGAGGCCGAGGUCAAGGUGAGAGAGGCGACGUCUAACGACCCGUGGGGCCCCUCCAGCUCUCAGAUGGCUGACAUCUCCGAUCUGACCUACAAUGUGGUGGCGUGCAACGAGAUCAUGACAAUGCUGUGGAAACGGCUGAAAGACGACAAGAACUGGAGACAUAUUCACAAGUCCCUGACGCUGCUGGAGUAUCUGUUGAAGACCGGUGACGAUCGUGUGCUUCUGAAAAUGAAAGACAACAUCUAUAUCGUCAAAGCCCUCACAGAGUAUCGCUUUGUAGAAAAGGAUGGCAAAGAUCAGGGAGGAAAUGUAAGAGAGAAGGCCAAGGUUGUCCUUGUUCUUAUGGAGGACGAUGAUAAACUAAAAGAGGAGAGAGACUUUGCCGUUAAGACCAGAGAGAAGACGUCAAAAGGUGCCGCUGCCUCAUCCACGGACCCCAUCAAGGAUCCCAACUACAAACCAUGCUACGUCGCUGGGACGUCGGGGCUUCCAUCCUUAGACAACAUACCCUCAGUGGCAGACUUGACUGCUUCCUUCGCUGCUCGCAAAGAGGAGCGUCUUAGACAGGAAGCUGAGAAGAAAGAAGCAGAGAGGAGGGCCAAGAUGACUGAAGAGGAGCUGCAAUGGGAGGAUGCGGGCAAAGGCAAUGACGCUAAAGGUGCUUGGGGAGGGGAGAAACCAGCGGAGGAAGAGGAGGUGACACAAGCUGCAUGGGAAGAACCUAAAGAGGCCACCGAUCCGUGGGGCACACCCGCAAAACCUGACACCACUGAGACCCCAGCUAGCAGUGAUCCUUGGGGCGCUCCAGCUAAACCCGAUGAAGAUCCAUUUGCAGCACCAAAAACCGCAGAAGAUCCGUUUUCUGCGCCAAAGAAUGGAGAAGAUCCCUUUGCAGCACCAAAAGAUGAACCCGAUCCAUUCAGUGCAUCAAAAGAUGACCCUUUCAACGCACCGAAAGACAAGAAGGAUCC